UCGACGAUUUCAUGAACCAUUGCCCCUGAGACAGAAUUCUCUUUUUGGUCUUCAUACGAUCUAGAGGCGAAGAAGCACAUCGUUCUCAUCACAUAUCCAAGAAAUUGGUAAGCCUUACCCACUGCUCACAAUCCUUCCAACAUCUUCCUUUGCCGACUGCCGAAAACGGACCCCCUUCCGGGAUCAUAGCUUAAAGAGCUCGGGGCCGGCAACCCCCACCACUCAUCACCAACCUCACUUCAUCUCAUCUCACCUCUCACUCUCGGCCAAGCUCACAACCUUUACCGACCAUAACUCUGACAUCUCACCAGUUUCACAUCUCCAACCGCCAAAAUGUUCACCGGCAUCGUAGAAGAAAUCGGCGAAGUAACCACCCUCAACACCACCUCCCCAGACGGCGGCACAACACUAACCAUCGCCCUCCCCCCCACCUCCACCCUCCUAUCCGACUGCCACUUAGGCGACUCCAUCGCCAUAAACGGCGUCUGCCUAACAGUAACAACCUUCCUCCCCCAAUCUUUCACAGUCGGCAUAGCCCCCGAAACCCUCCGCCUCACCAACCUCGGCUCCCUCACCCCCUCCUCCCGCGUCAACCUAGAGCGCGCAGUGCGCGCAGACACCCGCAUGGGAGGGCACUUUGUCCAAGGCCACGUCGACACCACCGCCACCAUCCUCUCCAAGAUCCCCGAUGGCAACGCCAUCACUUUCCGUUUUGCCCCCAAAAAUAAAGACGUUUUGAGAUAUGUGGUUUAUAAAGGGUUUAUCGCCUUGGAUGGGGCAAGUUUGACCGUUACCAAAGUCAAUGACGAGGAGGGCUGGUGGGAGGUCAUGUUGAUUGCUUAUACGCAGGAAAAGAUCGUGACGGCGGCGAAGGGCGUGGGCGAGACGGUGAAUGUAGAGGUGGACAUGACGGCAAAGUAUGUCGAGAAGAGCAUCCAGGGGUAUUUGGCUGGUAUGAUGGAGGAUGGGCAGGGGCUUCCUUGGUUGCAGAAGAUGGUUGAGAGGAUUGUUGCUCAGGGGUUUUCUUAG